AUGGAGAACUCCGACAAGAUCCCUCCGCUCCUAAUGGAACGACCACGCAGCGCAGGUGUUGAUGCAGAGGCAUUCUCAUUUGCAAAGCCUGCUUCCCACGGGAAACCAUUCUCACUUAAGAAAUUUACCAAGAAGACACCUCUCUCACAAUCUGCAGUCGGUGAUUCCCAACCUUUAAAAGAGCAUACACAAGGCGAGGGAAGCUUCAAUGGCCAGUUUCUCCAACUAGAGGCAGUGCCCGAAUCUCACACACUUCGGGACGAAAAUACCUCCAAUUUUCAGACUCCUGCGAGGAAAUCCUUACUUUUCCAACCGCGGCGGCGGCUAUCAAUGUCCAAGGGGCAAUCCAAGGAAAAUGCAGCUCGACCUGGAACAGCAGUUUCAACACAUGUGCACAGAUCAAACCUCCAGAUUGAGCAAGCCCUCUCGCUUCCUCGGCCGAAUGAGACGAUUCGAACGGAUGAUUCACUGAACACUUGCAUUGCUGAGGAGAAUGUUAGAAUCCAGUGUUCCAGUCUUAUUUCAACUGUUGACAAUGCCAAUGGAUCCAUUCCUAUGCUCCCUGGGUCCACUGGGCCAAGGCAAAAGAUUGAUCAAGUCUCAAACAAUGCGCUUUCCAGCAUGCCCCUAAAGGUAGUGGACAAUAAAAACUGUGCUGCAGAGCGACGUCGCACUAGACAAGAAAUGCAGCCAACAAAGCGUUUGAAACCUCCCGUGGUUGAUAGAGAUGGCGUCCUUUUAGGUGAAGAUGAUCUCUUUGAGCUUUUGAUCAUGAAAAUGAGGAAGCGCGAAGAGAACGAGGAGAGGUCUGCAAAUGUUCAACAACAUAUCGAGAUUGAGAACUCCAAAUUGAAAGCCGAGAUCCAUUCUUUACAUGAUCGACUCAAAUCAUGCCAGGCCAAAUUUGUCGAAAGCUCAUCCGAUGCAAAUUUUCAGCGAGCACAGAUAGACAAAUGGAAGGCACGACUUCACAAAUUCAAAAAUGUUAUCAAUGAACUCGGGCUCGAAUAUGACACGCUGCGAGAGCAAGCCAAUGACCUGAAGUCGACUAUGUCAUGCCUUCAAAAGGAAAAAGCGGAGAUUCAACUGGCUUUGGACGAGAUCAGGCUGCAGGUCGCAAAAGGUACAGACAUCAUUGAGGCUCAACGCAACAAGCUUUCCAGCUUUGAGGCGAAGAUUGCAAUGCUGAGAGAAGCUUUGGCGAAAUCGGACAAACAAGAGGAAAGCAUGAGGUUACAGCUAUCUCAUGAAAAGGAGCGAGUGGUAACUCUCGAAUCCUAUAUUCAAAACGAAUCUCAGAGUCAGGCGCGCUGUUUGACUAUUGUCAGAAAAGGCCAGAGUGAAAUGAUUGGGAAGCUUGAAUCCGCCUGCAAAAUGCUUGCCACAGUCUGUUCUGAUUCUCAAGACGCCGUCGCUUUAACAAUUGUCCCGGUACUUGAACAAUGUGUCUCUUCAGUUCAGGAGUUGAAGGAACGAUGCGGCGUUCAGACAAUGAAUGUCGAAGAGUUGACAUGUGGGGCUCAUGAAGCUACCACUCGAGUCGAUGCGCUCGCAGGUCAGUUGACAAGAUGUGUUGAAGCGAACAUCAAUGUGGGCAACGGUAUAUCUCGAUCGUUUCAAGAAGGCCUGCAAUUGAUUAAGGGAACCCUUGGUCCGAAUUCAUCACUUUCCAAACAGCUUGCCAACAGUGACAACCAGUAUGCACAACUUCAAGAAAAGCUUGAAGUGGUUGAGCCCAUGGUAGAUGGUCUCAAUGCUUCUGUCAAGGCCAUCAAGGCCACAGAAACGGAUCUUGUGCACUGUAUAGAGAUUUUCAGUCAAAGACUUGCCGAUGCCCAAAUGCCAGUUGGAAACCCGGUACUCGAGAUGGAGAUAUCGAACAAGUUCGCUGAAAAUACUCAACUGCAACUUGAACUCGAAAGGGUGUCGCUUGGGCUAGAGUCUCUGCGGAAGCAACUGGGAAAAAGAACUUCUGAAAACGAGCAUCUCCAGCACGCGCUGACCGAGGCUGUCACUAGUGAGCAAUCAUCCAAGAGCCGAAACUCUCGAUUGGAGAUUGAAAAGACUGCCUUGAGGGGCGAGCUUCAAUUGGUCGAGCAUAGAGUCCGCGAAGAGUUGAGCAUUGCGAACACCGAGGCUCAGGAUCGUCUGAAAACAAAUUUCGAAAAACAGAUACAACGGCUUGAAAUGUCGAAUGCCAAACUGGAAACAGAAGCUGAACAGCUGAAAACCCAGCUAUCCGAAGUCCAGAGAUCAUUGGCCGAAACAGAGAAGACUGCCGAGACCGAGCAACUGGAAAAGACGACCAUGCUCGAGGAAUCGAAACGACAGAUUGAAGAGUUGAUCGCCGCUUGCUCAAAAUACCUGGCAGAAGCCAAGACCAAUGACAUUGAAUUGCAAGGCUGGAAGAGUUGCGAAGCCGAACUCAAACUUGAAAAGGAAAGACUCCUUGGCGAACUCGAGCAAGCAAGAGAAAAGACCCACGUGGCUGAGGCAAGCUUGGCAGAAAAGGCCAAGGAGCUCAAGGCAAGCCUGGCGCUGAAGACGAAAUCUGAAUCUCACGCUCUCAGGGCCACUCAAGGGGCAGAGAAGAAACUCAAAGCACUCGAGCUAGAGACAACACAGAAGACAGAGGAGCUUGCAAAGAUGCAUGACAAUUUUGAGAUGAUAAAGUCCCGUUUCUUGGCCUUGGAGAAGGUCGGAGAAGAGGCCGAUUCCGAGACCGUUGCACUUCUUCGUCGGGCUCAAGAGGCUGAAAGCUGGCAAGCGACUAUAAGAGAGGGGUUUGCCAGGAUCAUUGAGAUGCAUUCCGAUGAGCCAUUCGAGCAGACGUGGCAGAAAGUGGAAAACAUUCUGCAGUCUUCGCCUAACCAGCGGCCCAUUACCAUGGUGUCAUCGAGCACGAAUCUUUCAGGUAGUGCCAGCCUGCGUCCAUCAUACAAUGAACGACUUUGUUUCGGGCCACGGGAGGGCUUAGCAAGUGAGGCUUUGGAUGUUGACCAACGAACAGAGAAUGGUCGUGAGACGAUCGCGAAUAGCCAUUCAAACAUGCCAUUGUCUCAACGGACAUACAAUCCCUCAAAGCCUUUGACCAGAGACAGUGCUGACUGGUCACCAAAGAUGCCCAUUGAUGUAGGUCAUAUCGUUCCGUUUGCGAGUCUUCAUGACAAACUUUCACGGGAAGAUAGUCUCUCGCUUUUCAACGACCCAGCUGAGCUGGAAAUGCUGUUCAUGUCGACACCAGAUCUCCAGGGACCUGCAGAUCUAAGCAAGACUCCAAUGUCCUCUCAAGGGCGGAAAGAAAUGUCGGAGAAUCCCGAUACUGUUGGUCAAAACGCCAGUGUGAUCGACUCUGUCAUCGGUAAACCGGUGCGCAAGGCAGACGACAGCAAGAUUAAAGGGUCUAACGCGGCUCUCGGGAAGCUUGAUGGCCCGUUGGUCGAUACAAACAUGGAAUCGGAAAAAUAUCAUACUAAAAGGAAGGUUGUCAGCUUUGAGGGAGCUGGUCAGACAGAAACUGGCAGAUCGCGACGAAUGUCAGAUGCAAUUGACAACAAUUCAGGAAUGGCUUCCGAGGACAAAGUGCCAAAACGAACACAGAAGCAUACUUACAGCCGCCUUCGCCAGUCUAUCGCACAGGAACAGACUUCGGCCGAGGCAAGCGUGCAACCUACUGACAAUGCAUUGGCAGCAAAGCCACAAGUUCCCAUGAAAACCAAAGAGUCCGAUGCUGGGCCCGCAAAACCGGCAAAGAGGGCACGCAAUUCAGCUCCUGGUCCUGAGCGACGGCUGAGUCCCAAGAGACUGGCUUCAGGCAGUAGUAAAGCAAACGUAAUUGCCACGCGAGCCCGCACCAAGCGCACCACUCGAAGUACGAUAUCUGGAUCUUGCCAGAACGCCUGA